GUAUUUUUUGGCAACAUUGAAAAUCGGCUGUCAAAAUGCCAAAAUUUUCUUGAAAGAUUUUCUCGGUUUCGUUUUGUUGUGCCGAGAAAAAUGGUUUUUCGUGAAGUUACUACGUUUCAUCUAUGUCAUGACUGACCUCUUUCACCUCAGGAAAAAUAAAAUGUGAUAUGUUUAAAAUGAGUUCUACAUCGGCGGUGGUUUGCCGUGAAGUUUUCGAUGAAAAUAGCCAACCCUCUGCAGAAGAAAUCUCCGAGUAUGCUCAGCAGCUGGGCAUCGACCCUGAGAGUGAGAGCCACCUCCUGCCGCUGGCUCGAGAUGGCCUCAUGCAAGCGUUGCCUCCACCUUGGAAGGCUUACUUUGAUGAGAAACUUCAAACACAUUACUACUACAACGAAGAGACGAAGAAAACCCAGUGGGAUCAUCCGUUAGACAACAUUUAUAGGGAGCUCGUGAAACGGGCCAGAGAUGCGUCGAUGCAAGAUGACACCUGUGCUUCAGUGCAGGAACUUCUCACAUCAGAAGAAAAUACAAAAAACCUGGAGCGCGUCGAAACGAAAGUUGAAAGCGACGAUGACGAACUCACAACCGACAGCGAAAACCAGACGGACGUUAAAGACAACGCAUCCGCGACCUUAACAUCUGGGCUUAAGCGCUUAAAUCCUUUGGGUCGACCGCCGCUUGCGCCUUUAGCAAGACUAGAUAAGAAGCUGGGUGAUUUGCGGAUCUCGCCCCUAAGGCGUAGCAUGGACAGUCCAUUAUCGGCCAAGCCGAAUCUCGUGAGGAAUACUUCUGAUAGGGAUCUCCUGAGUCGACAGCCGUUUGAGAGGCCGAAGCAACUCUUCAAGCAGCAGUCGGAGAUCAUAGACUUGAAGAUGCAUGUGUUGACAAGCCCUGAGGAAGAAAACUUCAGCCCUCUGCUUUCGUCUGCUAAGAUUGACAAGGGAUUACCAUUGACAGGCAAAGGCAGCAUGUUCCUCAAACUGUCCAAGUCGGAUUUCCCCAGUCCCGACACUGAGAAGUCGCUGCCCCUAGAUUCGGUCACCAAGAGCGACCCGCCCAAAGGGAUCCUUCGCGAGAAGAUAUCAGACACGUUUCAGAGAAAAGCCGAUAGUGUUGCCAUUGGGAAGAAACAGGCGUCUAGCUUUGAAGAAGACAGGAAGAGUGUUAGAUUCAAACUGGAGAACCUUCCAGAUCCUACCAUCAGUCCGGGCUCGAAUAGCUCUUCAGAACAGAACGAUGGCCAGAGCUCUAUUAUUAGCGCGGCCCCCGCUGUGUUAUCCCCCAUUAUCCCCUCGUCGCCCCUCAUUCCCCCUGUUAUCCCCCCUAUCGCCCCAGUUAACCCCUCGAUAGUGCUGUCUCCUUUGGUAGCCAGACCGCCUCUGCCGCCGAGGCCGAUGGCAGGGGAAAGUCCGAGGGAGGUUAGGAGUGCUUCUAUAUCCGAGAAGGAGUCGAUUGACAGCGACAGUCGCGAAAGCCGAGGCACGUCGCCCAGAAGGCGAGUUCUCCGUCCUCCAGCAGGCGAUUACAUCAAACCGGACUUAUUCCAGAAGAACUUCCAGAAGAUAUCCGACCUAGUCCGCCCGGGGGACAUCGAGACCUCCUCGGUCAAUCUGGAAGAACCGUCUUUGGAGAAGGAAGCCAGGCCGAGGUCACCAAUGAUCCCCCAAAAGAGCAAAAUAUCCAUCAACCUAAUGGAGAGCAUAGAAUCGGAAACCUCAAUAGAUUCACCCGACCGAGAGUUCGCGAAUCUAGACCUGAACGACCUGGACGAUUCGAACGACAUUCCAGAAAAAGAAGCAAACGAAAGCAUUCCAGACAAAGACUCAGAAAAAGAAAGCCCCAAAGAGGUUGAAGUCACAGAAAACUCAGAAAAGACUUCGUCACAUUCCAAAGCGUCUACAAACAAAUCGCGUACCAUCGACAGUGUUCCGAUACCUCAAAUCAAAGUUCCUAACUUAGAAUUUAUUUCGAAGCAAAAUAAACUACUGCAUUCCGACUCGGAUGAUUCGAAAAAGUCUAACAACGAAGAAAGUAAAACUAGAUCGGUUAGCGUAGAGGUCCACAAAGCGCCGCAAUUGAAAGUUUCUCCAACGCCUAGCUUUGGUUCUGACAUGAGAUCUCCUAGAGAAUUCAAUAAGCCUUGGAGUCCCCUAUCGACCUUCAAGCCUUUGAACAAAGCGGUAAUAGCUCCUCAAAUUAAGACCUCAGAAUCUGCUUCGAGUCUUGGUAAAAACCUUGCCAGUCCUCGAUUGGAUGGGGUUAUAUUAUCUCAAGGAAAAUCCAACGAUAAUGUGGUAGUAGUGUACCAGUUUGAGACUCAAGAGGAUUCCGUUCCGAAGAUCAUAAAGUCGCCCAUGAUUCCUGAUAUGGGGACCAGGGAUAUGAUUGAGAGAACGAAGGGAGACGAAAGAAGAAGGCUGGAGUUUUCUUUGCAGAAAGAGUUAGAGAAUAUGAGGCUGGAAUGGACUACUAGGGAGAGACGAAUGCGAGCGGAGUUGCAGGAAGAAUUUAAAGACGCUGAAGAGAGGUUUUUGACUGAAAAGAGAGUGCGGUUGGCGGAGCAGAUUGAAAGGCAUAAAAGGGAAAUUGAAGAGGCGUUGCAAACAGCAGAACACAACCACCAAUUAGCCCUGCAGAACUCCCUCAAACAACUGGAGGAACAAUUCAACCUCGAUAAGGAAACUGCAGCGCGGCAGUAUGAGGAACGAAUGGAUAAACUUAAAGAGGAGUAUAAUGCUAAGCUGUUGCAGAGGAAAGAGCAACUGGAGAUCGAAAACGAACACGCUCUCACCGAAGUUCGUGAACAACUGCAAACAAGUCUGCACAGGGAAAGGGCGCAAAUGGUGGAGGAGAACAGAGCGAUUAUAGAUUCGCUGCGGGACGAACACACCGCGAGGAUCACGGAGCUGAGACACGAUUAUAGGGCUGAGGUGGAGCGUCUCAGAACCCAACACGCGUGUCAUCUCGAAGAAUUACGGGCGCGUCUGGCAAGCGAGCGCGCGGCUUCAAGCCGGCACCACGAGGAGCGCGCCAUGGCCGAAAAGUACAAGUGCUUGAAGGAGAAGUACGCUCGCCUGAAGCACGACGUCAAAAUGUCAAUAGAGCGCCGUAACAAAAGAAGAGAAAUGAGCAUGACCACGGGUUCGGAGACUGAAAAAUCUAACUCGCAUAAAGCGACACAAGAAAGGUGUAAAGAACUCAACGAGCGUUCAUCAAGCAUAGCAGCUGAGACGGAUCAAGGCAGCGGCCGCGCUAACAACAACCCCACUGUAAGAUACAACGACAACGAGACCUCGCAGUCCGAGACGCACAAGUCGAGCCACAACAACAACCACAACUGGACCGCUAGAGAGAACACCAUACCGUCAGCAGACACGUCUCAAAUAUCGGCCGUGAAACACCAAAGGCCCCAUCGUCGAACUGCCGUCGCUUUCAGAGAGCCGCCUCGCCGUAGGAGGGACAGAGAUAGAGAUGCAGGUGCAACCACAGACUGUCAAGACUCGUCCGAUGCGACAACGGCAGAUGAAAAACCGAAAGAAGCUGUAAAUGGACAUGGACGUCGUAGGUGCUUUACAAGAUUAAAAUCGGCGUCCACUUCGCGACUCAACUACUCACCGAAAAGAGGGGAAGGCUGGUCAAGCCCGCUUGAAUCUCUGCGGCAGCAACUUAGAAAACUAGACGACUUAGAAGACCAGUUCCCUGAUCUGGCCUGCCAACCGGCCUAUAGCUUGAGAUACCCUUUUACAGAGUUAGGUAAGUUAGUGAUUAAUGACAAAAAUAUGUAUUUUUACGAACUUCUAUGUGCUUUUAUGUGAUCAAGAUUUCUGACAAAAUAAAUAAAUGAUGAUUUGGUCAAAGGAAUAUUGAAGUACUUAAAAGAUUUGGCAUAUUCACCUCAGAACUUCAGUCUGAAAUCUGAUCUUCAUCGUCAAACGUCAGAGGAACGCGAAGCAACAGAACUAGAGGUGGCGUUACACCGAGCGCGGGCGUUACUUGGAGAGAAGGAAAUAAGGCUGAGACACAUUGAGCGCGCGCUGCGAAGGCUCGCCGACGCACAUCCACCUCCGUUGAUACAGGAAGCAACAACCAGCGAAGCGUCAUCCGGCAGCGAAGCAGCAGUGGUGGAGAACGAAGCGGGUGGCGCCGUGCUUCGGUCGCUGCGGGCUUUGCAUGCGGAUGUUAGGGACAUCUGGCGCGCUUUAGAUGCUAGGAGGCCUCAUACAGCAUCACCAGAAACGAGUUCUUGCAAUGCACCGAGCACUUCGCAAACCCGGAUGACUUUAUCUGCUCCCGAACCAAUAAUGCAAGACAACUCCGACGGCGGCGUCGCCGAGCGAGCCCGUGGCCUUCGUGCGUGGCUUCAGACCGCACCGUAAGCCCGCUUUACUAUACCGACAAUACUAUAGUUCUGGUAGUGACGAGCUAGAUAGAUUAGCGGUUGCUGUUUGUAAACUAUGCCCAUGUAAGUUAACAAGAUUGAAGUUAAAAAAUAAAUGUGAUCUAAA